CAAAAAACGAAGAUUGCGCCGCAUGUGCGCUAUUGCCAAGUCCCUAUGGCAAUUGCCAUCAAUCAAUCCUGUCUUGGAACAACGUGGUCUCGCGAGAAUCUUCCAGCUCAAGGACUUACGAUCUUGAAUCCACAUCGCGGUCGCGCCUGGAUGUAUGCGCUAGGACACGCGCUUCGCCGAUGUGAAGUCCGCGGAACAUAGCGUCGUUGGCUGCUUAAAGAGAAGAGAGGCACCAGAACUACCUUACUAUGGCUCGCCACGAGGCGUUCCAGUUAAGCGAAAGAAAGGAUGCAGAGCACGAAGAAGAGCGUGCUGGGCUUCUCGAGGAUGCAGUGUUUUCAGAGGACAGCAGUGAGGUUUCCGACGUGGAAAAGCCGGAGGGGAAAGAAGACCUCGGGAGUAGACCGGCGGAUUCGACAACUCAAUUGCUGAGAAGGAACUGGCUGAGGUUACUCGUUGUCGCACUUCUUGCAGCCUGGACAAUUGGGUUUCUGAUUCAUUCAUUCCUAUCGCGAAGCAGUGGUUCCUCAAACAUCACCCUUGCUGCUCAAGUGCGUCCAGAGGAAGAGUAUAUCCUCGACUCCAAGUGGAACUUUGACGCGGAACCAACGACUAGGGAGUAUGACUGGACAAUCUCCGAACACGACCUGAAUCCAGAUGGCGUAUACAGGCCCAUGACCUUGAUCAACAGCAUGUUUCCUGGUCCUUUAGUCGAAUGUAAUGAGGGCGACGAAAUCGUUGUUCACGUGCACAACAAGGCUUCAAACGCCACCUCUAUUCAUUGGCAUGGAAUGUUCCAAAACGGAACAAAUUGGAUGGAUGGCACCGUAGGUAUCUCGCAGUGCCCCAUUGCACCCGGACAGUCGUUCACGUAUCGAUUCAAUGUGAGUGGUCAGACUGGCACGUACUGGUACCAUAGCCACAUGGCCAUGCAAGCCGCGGACGGACUCGUGGGACCUAUAGUUAUCCAUGCGCGGGGCGAUGAGGAAAGCAGGCUGCAAAAAGUACCGUAUGGUCAGGAUAGAGUAGUAAUGGUAUCGGACCACUACUACGACCUCUCCUCAAAACUGCUCAUGCAAUACCUCCAGCCUGGAAAUGAGAACGAAGAGCCAGUGCCGCAGUCCGCACUGAUCAACGGCCGCGGUACUCGCAACUGCGCAGACUUGCCGAGCCGCAACUGUUCGUCAGUAGAUCGGUCGAACGCCCUCUUUGACCUGUCGACCGAAUACAACACCAGAAUCCGCUUCAUCAAUGUCGGAGCCUUUGCCGAGUUUCAAAUCCAAAUCGACGAGCACGAGUUCUUUCUCACAGAAGUAGAUGGGACAGAUGUAUACCCACAGUCGAUCCACCGUCUGAAUAUCAACCCUGCGCAGCGCUACAGCAUCGUGGUACCUCCGCCUAAGGAGAACAAAGAUUUGUACUGGAUGAGAGCGCGCAUGGUCAGCCACUGUUUCGCAUACGAAGAGCCCGAGCUGAAAGAAGAGGUCCGCGCAGUCAUCCGAUAUCAAGCACCCAGCGUGGCAGUCGAUCCCGCGAGCAAAGACUGGCCCGAAAUUAUCGAGCUCGAAUGCCGCGAUCUCAACGUCAGCGCCCUGAAACCCGUCCAAGCAAUCGCCGCGCCCGAGCAAGCAGACGACCAAGUAUACCUGCGCUCAAGUUUCCAGAUCAAAGACUGGCGCCUCAGCAGAGGUUUCCUAAACGACAGCUCCUACCGCACCAACAUGUCCCACCCAACCCUGAACACGCUCAUAUCAGCGUACGAGCAGAAGCAGGAGCCGCACAUGUACUACCUCUCGUACCCCUUUGGCAUCAACGCUGGCUUUGACGCUAAGCACACGCUCGUCUACCAGACAACCGGCAUCCGCACAAUCGACAUCCUCAUCCAGAACUUCGACGACGGCAAUCAUCCUUUUCACCUCCACGGGUACAAGUUUUUCGUGCUGGGUUCUGGCCAUGGAUAUCCCGCCGAUAACCUGUACGAUACGCUUGACUUUACGAAUCCGCUUCGCCGCGAUACAGCUAGUGUGGAGGCAUUCGGGUGGACGUUGAUUAGAUUCGUGGCCGAUAAUGCCGGCGUGUGGCCUUUCCACUGCCACUUGGCGUGGCAUAAUGAGGCGGGGCUGCUGAUGCAGUUUGUCACACGGGCUGAUGAGAUUGCGAAUUGGACGCUGCCGGAUGAUGUGAAGGGCUUGUGUGCUGCAGAAGGUAUUGAGAAGGGCGCGGGGCCUGAGGAUGAGAUAUGGUUCGGUUCGUUCGACUGAAUGGGUGCCGUAUUAGAGAGAUGGAGGAUACAAAUCUGGCUUCGGGUUCUCAGGUCUUCCUUGAGGAUGGUAAUCGACAAACGGUCGGACUCUUGGGGACGAGAGUGCACCUGUAGCAUUCAGCCAUUCUGUUCUGGGGAUCUGAUCUCUGUGAAUGGACUGCACCACCACGCCACUGAAGCUCUUCCAUGUUUACCGAGGCACAUCUUACGUGGAGUGGCAUACGAGGUCGGAAGCCGUGCAGCGCUUACCUUGCAACGUACUCAGAGCACCGUUAUUGCAGAGCGAGAAUGCUCGGAUAUCUAUGUAGUGAGCCUGAUAUCGCCCGAGGAUGCCUCUCCUACACUUGUAGAACCUAGAAUGUACUCUACAAUUUGAACUGGAGCCGCAGCAUAGACACCC